AAGGAGACUGUGCGUACGAUUCCGGCGGGAAAGGGGUGUUGCCUCAUCAGUACCGUAGAAAAUACGUUCGGUGACACCAGCAGUUCCUUGCCAACUGUUUCUCAACCCUUACAAGAUUAGAUUAUUUCAUUCGAACCGACCGUGAUCCGUGCGAACGAUAUAUCGAUUAAAACUGAACACCAGACGCAUUGAAGUCUCCGAGUGACCGGCCAGAAUGUCGUCUCGAAUAGAGUGGAUGCUGGUGAUCUUUGGUUUGGUCCUUCUUGCACCGUCAGGUUCUACUCUGCAAUGUUGGAAUUGUUCUUCGGAUUUAGAGCCUCUAUGCGGGGACCUAAUAAACAUCACAGAUUAUCAGAGGAGAUUCUACGCAACAGAUUGCGAUGAACACAUCUUUGACUUCAUAAUACCGGUAUGCCGCAAAAUCGUGAAAACAGAAAAUGGCAAACGAGUGGUGAAACGUGAGUGUUGGUCCGUGUACAAGCAUCAAGCUCAUAUCACCGACGGUCCCUGCAAUCCAUUGUUGAAGCUUGACGGUAUAAGUGACAACGAAUAUUGCUACAUUUGCAGCACCGAUCUCUGCAAUUCUGCGACGAGUGCAUCGAUUCUGCAAUCUCUUUACGUGGUCACCCUAGGAUUUGUGGGCUAUCAUUUCUUCCAAUCGAAAUACAACUUUAUUUAACGUUGUGGAAGUUUUAUGGUACAAAUAACAACUGAAAUAAAAGAAAAGAAUAAAUCAUUCGGAAAAUUAGUAGAAAACAUGCCACUUUGGAUAAGUUUAACAUUAAAACUACAAGACGGGUCAAAAUGGCCCACUCCUAAUUUGUUCAUUUUGCAGUUACAAAAAAGACAGCAGAUGUUUCUCUGAGAAAUUAUUAAAGAAAUUGAUUCACGAAUGCGCGAGUUGAAUUAUAAAUCAAUUAAAGUCUCCAUAGAUGCAAUCUUGUAGUUUUUAUAGAGCAAUUUCAAAAAAUUGAUUUAUCUGCUCGGUAGUUGUCAGGGUGUGGUCGAGCCCUGAUUAUUGCACUACGCACCGUCUAUGGUGCUGUUUUGAAGGACCACCAAAAUGUUGAAAAACGGCUAUGGGACUGUAAUAAUUGUAGGACGCGUUACGUGGAGUAGCGAUAUUUAUUAUAUAGUUAAGUGAUUGUAAAAAACGUGUGUGUGCUUCUGUGUUUUCGCGUGUGUCUGCUUAUUGCAGCGGCCCCUUGAUUGUGGUUAUUC